GAAGGGGGAGGAAAGUGCAGCUCGCGCGACCAGCCUCCUCUUCCAACGUCACAUUGUGAGAGAGACAAAACCCGGGCGCGCCGGAGCUCACACGCGCACGCACACACCGCCGACCCCGUCGCCUCCUCUCUCCGGCUCUGCCGAGAAAGCCAACCCUCUCUUCCCUUCCUGGGGCGCGGAGGCUCCGCAAGCUCAGAGCGCAGCCCAGAGCCAACCCAGAAGGCGAAGAGAGCCGGCAACGAGCCUUCUUUCUCCCCUGCCUGCCCGGGCUGAGGCGCCCCAUCCCCCGCCCUGAACCCCGAUCUCUCCCACUCCAACCCUCUCGGUUUCACGCGGACAGAGACUGGAGUCGGGUGUGCCCGUUUGGAAUCCACGUUUCAGCACUUCGGACAGCGCCCGGGAGCCUCGGGCCCUUUGGGUUGGCGAUGGCGAGCGUUCAGCAAGGAGAGAAACAGCUUUUUGAGAAGUUCUGGCGAGGAACCUUUAAAGCCGUGGCCACUCCGCGUCCUGAGAGCAUCAUUGUCGCCAGUAUCACGGCCCGCAAGCCGCUGCCAAGGACAGAACCCCAGAGCAGCCCCGUGGUCCCAGCUCAGGAUGGAGCCUCGGAAAAGCUGCGCCAGCAUCUGGCCACCCAGGCCUUGGGCACCAACAGCUGGGAGAGAGACAAAACAUGCCGGGAGCCCAGUCCCGCCAGAGCACACAGUGCCUCCCGCAGCAAAGACUUGACGCCACCACCUUCCUCCAGGGGGAAGAAGAAAAAGAAGAAAUCUACGCGGAAGAAGAGAAGGAGGUCCCCAUCCUAUAGCCCGUCGCCUGUCAAGAAAAAGAAGAAAAAAAGUUCAAAGAAGCAUAAACGACACAGGUCAUUCUCCAAGAAGAGAAGGCACAGCUCCUCUAGCCCAAAAAGCAAAAGAAGGGAAGAGAAGAGGCACAAAAAACAAUCGCGAAGCCGGCCCCGAAAGUCUCACCGCCGCCGCCACCACCACUGCCCCUCGCGGUCCCAGAGCUCGGAGUCCCGCUCCUCCAGCUGUGACAGCAGGCACCACGGCCGGUCCCCAGAGGAAGGGCGGAAGUCCCGCCGAAGGCACUCCCGCCGCUGCUCCAAGACCCUCUGCAAGGCCAGCCCUGAGGCCCGGUCCAGCCCCCCGCCCAGCCAGCCCCUCCAGAUGCUCAGCUUCCUGUCGGCCAGGGGUGUAAUCACUGGGUCGGGGUCUGCUGUUGACCUCUUGACCAAAACAGCCAGCCCGCUCACCACCUCCCGAGGACGCUCCCAGGAGUACGACUCAGGCAACGACACCUCCUCGCCACCCUCCACGCAAAUCAGCUCAGCCAGGUCGCGGGGUCCGGAGAAGGGGAGCCCCAGUGGGGGCCUGAACAAGAGCCAGGACCCCAACAGCGGCAACACCUCGGAUUCAGGGAACUCCUUCACCACCUCCUCACCCCAGAACAAGGGGGCCACUUUGGAGAACCUCUCCCCCACCAGCAGGGGCAGAGAGUCAAGAGGAUUUCAGUCACCAUGUCUGGAAUGCACCGAGGUGAAGAAGUCCAGUUUGGUUCCAUCCACAGCCCGGAGCUCCCCCAUGAGAGGGUGCUCCCGCAGCUCUUCCUACGCCAGCAGCCACUCCUCCAGUCACUCCUCCCGAUCCCCAAACCCCCGGGCCUCCCCCAGGUACACCAGGAGCCGAUCCACCUCCUCUGGGAAAAGGUCCUCCUCACGCUCUCCCAGCUACUCCUCCAAGUCUGGCAAGAGGAGCCCGCCUGGCAGAAGCUCUCGAUCCCGCCGCAGCCCCAGCUACUCCCGCUACAGCCCCAGCAGGGAGCGGGACCCCAAGUACAGCGAGAAGGACUCGCAGCAGCGGGAGCGCGAGCGAGCUCGUCGGAGACGCCGGUCCUACUCGCCCAUGCGGAAGCGCCGGAGAGACUCCCCGAGCCACCUGGAGGCGCGGAGGAUAACGAGUGCCCGGAAACGCCCCAUCCCCUACUACCGGCCCAGCCCCUCUUCGUCCAGUGGCCUCAGCAGCACCUCCUCCUGGUACAGCAGCAGCAGCAGCCGCUCAGCCAGCCGGAGCUACUCCCGCAGCCGCAGCCGCGGCCGCAGCCGCAGCCGUAGCCGGACCCGCACGAGCAGCAGCUGCAGCUCCCGCAGCCCCAGCCUGGGCUCCCGCAGCCGCAGCCGCGGCCGCAGCCGGAGUCGCAGCGGGAGCUACAGCUCUGCGGACAGCUACUCCAGCACGAGGCGCUAAGCACCGGCCCUCCUUUGAGCCAACUGCCUGCAGGGGCCCCUUUCUCUCUGCCAGCCUCCCCUACUCCCUGCCCACCCUGCAUUCUCCCUGGUGACAGACAUUGAGGGCUCCCGGGCCCCGUCCUUCCUGCGCUCCUGGGGAGGAGAAAAAGAGGGUAUCAGGGCUUCAGCCUCUAUGUCGAGCUGCUGGGAGCCUCCACCGCACCACCCUGGGGUUCAGUUCAGGCCUGAGCUUAUGGGCAGAACCACCUUCUGUUGGCACCAAAAAAACCUCAAAGGUUUGUAAGAAGCAAUGGGCCCAUGAUUCAAAAGUUUGGGCCUGGCCAGGAAAAUGUAGAGAGUUCUUCUAACCCACUGCUCGCAGGAGGCAUUCAAAGGCCAGUGGUAAUUCAUCACAUCUGCCCUCAUUCUCCCCUCAUCCAGUCUCCUGGCUGCACGUGUAUGGACCCCCAAAGGGGUAGGGGACGGAGAUGAGAGGAGGCCAGGGGCAGCUCUGGCCCAGAAGAGGGGCCCAGGCCUUUCACUUCCCCACUUAGGCCGGAGCAAAAGCUGGACGGCUGUUGGGUCCUAGAGCAGGGGACAUGGACAUUUCAGUUGGUGGGAGGUGUCGGGAGAUGGGGGAUGGACUCUCCAGUCACAGAAGCAGAAAGGAGGGGGGUCAAUCUGCUGCUCCCAGUGUCUCAGCAUCUCCAGGAAGAAGAGCCCAGCAGUUCCUAGCCAUGGAGAGGCCGUCACACGACUUACACAAAAUGCCUUUUGGCUGUUCACAGGGGCCCUGUGACCUCUGAGAAAGGACACAGUGGACGGUUAGGACAGCUUGGUCUGUAGCCCCACUUCCCAAAUUUGCCUCAGCCCCAUUAGCUGGCACCCACUUAAUUCCACGGGACCAUCUGCUGCACAUUCCUCAGUGCCAUGGCCAGCUGCCAGGCCCCAGCGCCAGCCAGUCUGGCCUUACCCUCCGGUUGGCGCCUGCCUGCCCCCUCCCCAUGGCCCAGACUGCCACGCCCUGGAGCCUACCCAGUGCAGCCGAGCACCCACCC